AAAAAUCAUGAUUUGGUUGGUGUACACAUCAUAAUUGGUUGGACGGACUCUACAGAAUCCGUCCUUAAGCUAAGGCUUGCCGACGGCUUGUGGGAAAACAGCAUUUGCGGAGGCAGGACACAUUGCAAUGGCAGAAAGUAAACAUGUAGUAAUGUUCCCUUUCAUGGCACAGGGCCAUUUCAUUCCCUUCCUCAGCUUGGCUAACGCUCUUAUUUCCCGAGGCCUCACCGUCAGCUUCCUCACCACCACAGCCAAUGUCUCCAAAUUGCAAUCCCAGGUGGUCGGAUCCUCUAUUCGUUUUGUUCCUCUUUCUCUCCCGCCCAUCCAUGGCCUCCCCCCCUCCUGCGAAAGCACUGAUACUCUUUCCCUAAUCGGGAGCCAGUUGCUGUUUGUCUCUACGCACAAGCUUUCCCAGCCGUUUGAAGAAUGGCUGGAGCAGAUCAUGGCAGAGCCCUCACAGAAGCCCGCUUGCAUCAUAAGCGACGUUUUCUUACCCUGGACAGCACAAUCGGCUUCCAAAUUUGGGAUUUCGCGUGUUGUCUUUCACACCACAGGAGCCAUGGGGGCUUCUCUUCUGCAAUAUCUCUUCACCAAUCCGGUCUCGGAUAUAAUAAGUGAACGCCAAGUCAUAGAGAUUCGCGAUCACUGUAUCAAUGUGAAUCUGAGGCGUUCGCAGUUGCCUCCAAUGUUGAGAAGCGAAUUGAGCGUAUUGUUAAUUUCUGUUAACCCUGGGGAUGUCUCGAUUCAGCAGGCCUAUGGCUCGGCCAAAGAAAGCUGCGAUGCAACGCUUGUCAAUACUUUUGGCGAGCUCGAAGCAGAGUAUGUUCAGUAUUUAGAGGAAUCCUCGGGUAAACCCGUUUGGAGCAUAGCCCAUCCUCUACACAGAUCCGAACAUGGGGUCGACAAUGAGUCAGCGUGCAUCCGCUGGCUGGACACCCAAAAGCAAAACUCCGUCCUUUACGUCUCGUUUGGAUCUCAGGCCUUUCUUUCGGAAGACCAAACGAAAGCCCUUGCUAGAGGCAUCGCAGCCAGUAAACAGCAUUUCAUUUGGACAAUUAAAGACCCAGUUGGAAGCAACAUUAAUUCCUGUAACUUUCUUCCAGAGGAUUUCAUCGAAGAAACGAAAGACAGGGGAAUGGUAAUCCAUGGGUGGGUGCCUCAGCUGUUGAUUCUGUCACAUCCUGCGACUGCGUUUUUUAUGACGCACUGUGGCUGGAAUUCCAUAUUAGAGAGUAUAAGUGCUGGAGUUCCAAUGGUGGUCUGGCCCAUGGCGUUCGAUCAAUUUAUAAACGCAAAAUUGGUAACUGAGCAGUUGGGUCUUGGACUGCAGAUCUGCGAGGAAUUCAAUGCCAUUCCCAGUAGUGAUAUUGUGGAAAACACAGUGAAGGCGGCCAUGGGAACAAAAAUUGGGGAAGAUAUGCGUCUGCGGGCCCUGAAAAUUAAGGAAUCCGUUCGUGAAGCGUCCUGCAAGUCAAGCGGUACAGAAGGUUUCGUAUCUUAUGUCCUCGGUCUUAGCUGAACAUAACCAGGAAAAUAUUGUGUUCAGAUGUAAUGCUUUGUAAUCCCAUUGGUUUAGGUUUUUCAUUAUCGUGGAUUAUGUUGAUUGAGUUUUCCCACAACUUGGUAGUGUCUCCUUGUUUAAGGUUAUUAGUCUUUGUAACAAAAAAAAAUUAAAUAAAUUGUUAAUUAAAAAAUUAGAUUGUUAAAUAUUGUCACGACACAAUAAUAA